AUACAUCAAAUAUAUGCCGAAAAUCCAUACUAAUGUCGUAAAAUGCAUCUUUUGCGUCUUCUCCUAUCGCAAAACGUACUGAUUUCGUCGUAAACUAUUCCUUGCACAUGCGCAUUGACGUUAACCGAAACUUGCCAAAAUAACUGAAAAUGGCGACGAAUUCAACUGAUCGUGAUUCUCCUUCGAAUUAUGUAAGCAUCAAAGUGACACGGAGGGGUGGCGGUGUUGUGAAUUGGUACGCGAUUGAUUGUGGACAAGGUGACGUUACGUUUGCCCUGUUAUAUGAGAAACUUGUUACGACAAGCGAGUUCAGGCCGGUGAACUUCAGCGAAUUUCUUUCAAGAACCGCCAAUGUGCAAAUUAUUGCAAUGAAGAAAAAGUCGGAAGAGAUGUCAAGGUCUACGCUGGCCUAAAGGUCGGGCAUGCCUGCCGACAAUUCGGAUGUUUUGUCCGCAUCGAGGUGGACAAGACUGAUGAAGAUCCGCGGCCCAAGUCUGCUUUUGAGGUGAUUAAAAUUUCAUUGUUACCUUCAGUUUUGGAUUGAACUACUAGUAGGGGAGGGGGGCCGAGGGUAUUUUAAAUUUUCACAUUCGGUACAUGUAUGCAUAAAUGACUACAGCACUGUUUUUUUAAAGUCUAUUGACAGGAUGCUAUCUAGUCAGUAUAAAGGCACUAAACCGACUGAUAACAAAUUUGGGACUCUUCCAUUGACAGGAGAUUCCUGUCAAUGAGCGCUCACCACAGCACAGAAGAAGAAGGACUUGGAGUCUGAGGGAGGACUCCAUGUACACCUGUGGAGUAUCAUGGAUACCAGACGAUCAUCUGAGAGAGAGCUGUUAUGUGAGCCGGGCCCUAUCAUGUGCCGUUCCAGUAGAGCCCUACUACUAUUCUGCGAGACUCAAGGCUCCAGCUGCAUUAAGGUCAAUCCUCCCACUGGUAUGCUGGCAGUGUGGGGAGGAAGAGACACUCCCCAUUCUUUGGAGAAGGCCAAGCAAUUCCAGACGAUCCAUCCAGUGUGUCAGGUGUGCAAAUCUGCAGGAGUAGAGGAGAGGACACGAGGAAAGAAGAAGAUGAAAAGGAGAAGAGAGGCGGAAGAUGACAACUAAGGCACCUGAAGAAUGACAGCGCCAUAAGAGGAAAACAAGAUGUCAGAGGAAGUUAGACAGGACAUGCAGCAUGCCAGUCAAACAAAACAAAAAUAAAGUUCUUGUUUGGUAUACCA